AUGCUUCGUCCGAGUCCGGACGUAGUCAAGCUCCAGGUGUAUGAACCCGAAGGAAGCUCAGCAAAGGUAGCUUUCCAACCCGAAGGGACAUCUGCAAUGAAUACAACGGCUGGCAUGCUGCGCGGGCGACCGUAUGGGGGCGUCAUCCUCCUGUGGAGGGGCCACGUUAGCUGGAUGCAACCCAAGAAGUGGGAGAUCGUCGUCACUCCUUGGGUGCCCGAGGAUGGAAAGAGACGGCGAGGAAGCCCGAGAAGUUAUUGGCGGGACGAUCUUGAUGGGUUUGAGAGGGCGUGGUGGGAGAUCGCCAAAGACGAGAGACCAAUGGAGGAUUUUGGGAGAGAUCUUCGCCCUUCUUCGCCGCGCUAUUCAACGCGAGUGCACCGCGAGAUUAUGCGAAUGUUAAUGCAAACAGAAGUUACAGAUCUUAGUACCAAGAUUUCAUCAAUUCGUGCUGAUCUUGACGAGGCAAUACAUUCCGUGCAGUUCUUAUCGGAGCGGCAUGAUGAUCAGGUCAAAUUAAAUAAAGAGACGGAAGGUACAAUACGCCAGUUAAUUAAGGACAAUACUCUUCUAAGUGCUCAGGUAGCAGACAUAAGUAUAAAACUAGGACAUAUGGAGCAGCAGUAUAGAGAAUGUAAUAUCGAAAUACAAUCUGUACCUGAAUUUAAGAAUGAAAACUUGCUCAAUCUCAUUCAACAACUUUUAAAGACUGUGUCAUGCAAUGUUCCUGAUAAUGAAAUUUUGUCUUUUCACCGUGUGGCAAAACAGAAUUCGAAAUCCGACCGGCCCAGAAAUAUCAUAGUGAAGUUCUCUAGUACGCGUACACGCGAUUCAGUAUUGGCUGCGACUAAGGUCUUUAAUGAGCAUAACAAACAAGACAAAUUGAAUACAUCGCAUCUUGGUAUAGCAUCCAGCAAGAAGCCAGUUUACGUGAUGGAACAUUUAUCGCCAGCAAACAAGCUACUGCAUGCAGCAACACGAUCAGUCGCAAAAGAAAAGCACUAUGAAUUUGUUUGGGUAAAAAACGGUCGUGUAUUCAUUCGCAAAGACCAGAAAGACUCUGCUAAGCUUGUUAAAAAUAUGGAUUUCCUAAAGUCUCUGUAG